CUUAUGUGUGUCAAUACAGCCCUGCUGCUGUGAAUGGAUUGAGCAGUCCAGUGAAAUGCCAGUAUCUUAGAUAGAAGCAGCAGCUGUGGCAUAGUGCCUAGCAGACAUUGGAGAGUGGAAAACAGAUGUCCUGUGGAUUUAUUUUUCCCCUGUAGCGCUGGCUAACCUCCGGCCUUCCAACCCCCUCGGUCCCAAGCUAUGAACCAAUCCACACUCGAAUGGAAGACUGUGACAAUGAACACCAGCUCCAUCAAUGCAUCCGUGCAUCACUCUUGUCCACUGGGUUUUGUCCACUACACAGAGGAGGCUUGUGUCCUGGAGACAGUGGUCAUUGUCCUCCUGACUGUUCUGAUCAUCAUUGGUAACCUUACAGUGAUUAUUGUGUUUAACUGUGCUCCCUUGCUUCACCAUUACACCACCAGCUACUUCAUUCAAACCAUGGCAUAUGCAGACCUCUUUGUGGGAGUCAGUUGUCUGGUCCCCAUGCUUUCCCUUUUACACUUCCGAACGGGAGUCCAGGAGUGGUUGACUUGCCAGCUUUUUGGCUACAUCAUCUCUGUGCUCAAAAGUGUCUCCAUGGCCUGCCUUGCCUGCAUAAGUGUGGACAGGUACCUGGCCAUUACCAAGCCGCUGUCCUACAACCAGCUGGUCACUCCUUGCAGGCUCCGUAUCUGCAUUGUUCUCAUUUGGAUCUACUCCUGCCUUAUUUUUCUGCCCUCCUCCUUCGGUUGGGGGAAGCCAGGCUACCAUGGGGACAUCUUUGAUUGGUGUGCCCGCUCCUGGCCCACCAACGCCUACUUCACAGGCUUCAUUGUGUGCCUCCUGUAUGCACCAGCCGCCUUUGUAGUCUGCUUCACCUACUUCCACAUCUUCAAGAUCUGCAGGCAGCACAACAAAGAGAUCAGUGAACGGCGUGCCCGCUUCCCCAGCCAGGAGAUGGACAUGGGAGAAGUUGGCCACAGCAGCCCCGAUCGCCGCUAUGCUAUGGUCCUCUUCCGCAUCACAAGUGUCUUCUACAUGCUCUGGCUGCCAUACAUUAUCUACUUCCUGCUAGAGAGCUCCCAAGUGCUGAACAAUCCUGCUAUGUCCUUUGUCACCACGUGGCUGGCCAUCAGCAACAGCUUCUGCAACUGUGUCAUCUACAACCUGUCCAACAGUGUCUUCAGGCUGGGCUUGCGCAAGCUCUCCGAAACCAUCUGCUCCUCCUGUGUUUGUUCCAAAGACAGAGACAUGCAGGACUCCAAACCACGCAAAAGGGCUAAUUCUUGCUCAAUUUGAACUGACAGCAGAUCUAUAGAAUGGUUCAGAUUGUGGCCUUGUCUUGCCCAGUUUUGUGAAGGAGUAAAUCCAUGUCUGAAUUAAGCAGUUGCAGGAGACAAGGGGAAAAUUAACUGGUCACAUUAAUCUAGAGACAGGUCAAGGAUUGUGUUAGUCCAACUUCUAAGCAUUGCUGAUUGAUGUAGUGGGGCGACCCUGUUUGGCCUGCAGUUUGGAUGUGGUUUUCAUGGCAUUAGUGAAAGGAGUUUAUUUCUCUUGAAAAGUGUCUCAAUGGUGCAGGAUAAUGUAAUCAUGUAAAAAUGACUUCUGACCUCCACAGGCUUUCUUGUUAUAGAGGCAUCGAAUUGAAUUCAGCACAUCUUGAUAAAUGUCUAGGGUAUCUCCUAGUCUGUUCUAUAAAUAACACACAAUGUUAAUGAUGUCAAAAAUGAAUAAGGCUCUUUUAUCCCCCUCCCCCUAUUGCCUUUGUCAGUAAUAAUUAU